AUGACGAGCCCCGCCCUCCAGACCCUUCGAGCGCAAUAUAGUUCAACCUUGAAACGCUUUAUCGCGUCGAGCAAGAACUUUGAAAUCCUCACUUCUAUUCCCGCUAGCCAAUCUCACCCACCAGCUCACAGUCCAGAUGUCCUCUACGUGCUGGAUUCAUCCUUCAAUCCGCCAACGCUUGCUCAUCGUAGGAUAGCUAGUACUGCCCUUCUCGAGAAUGCGAGCAAAGCGCCGCGGCUUCUACUAUUGCUUGCGACCCAGAAUGCGGAUAAGCCUUCCAAACCAGCCUUGUUCGAGGAUCGUCUGGUUAUGAUGGAAUUAUUCGCGAGAGACCUGCUGGCAUAUCUACAGCCACAUUUCUCGACCUCAGAGAAUGGGAGUCUUCCAGCCAUCGAUAUCGGUCUCACUAAGAAACCGUAUUUCGUGGAUAAAGCGGCGGAGAUAGAUACUGCGGGGGUUUAUCCGGAAUCGCUUGAGCAAGUUCAUCUCACUGGCUAUGAUACGUUGAUCCGGAUCUUCAACCCCAAGUAUUAUCCGCCAGAACAUACCCUCCAGCCAUUAGGGCCUUUUCUUACACGCCAUCGGUUGAGGGUCACCAUGCGACCGGGCAGCGAGUGGGGUGAUGCAGAGGAGCAGAAGCAAUUCUUACUUAAUAUGGCUCAGGGUGGCAUGGAGAAAGAAGGCUGCAAGCCUGAAUGGGCUCAGCGGAUUCAGCUCGUGGAAGGGAGACGGCCAGAGGAGAGACCGGUGAGCUCUACGUUGGCCCGAGAGGCAAUCCGAUCAAAUCUCCAGGAUCUGGACGGGCUGGUCCCCGACAACGUCCGAGAGUGCAUCCUGUCUCAACAACCAUACUCGGAGUAA